UUUGAUCUGUCAAAACGGUUUGAGCUUGAGCUGUCAGAAAUCAGCACAAUAACAAAAACCGUCUUAAAAAUAGUUAUAAAGUACAGAAAAUAUGGCAACUUUACCAGUAGUGGGUCUCACUACCCAUACAAGAAAAGUUCAAAAUCUUUACAAGAGAGCUCUUAGAAAUUUGGAAUGCUGGUUUGAUAAAAGGCAUGAGUAUCGAUAUGAGGCUGUGCUUAUGCGCGAAAGAUUCAAUGAAAAUAAGGAUGUUAAGGACAUGAGAGUGGCCAGUAACUUACUGAAGGCAGGCGAGGAGGAACUGUUUUUAAAGCAACAUUGGGCACCUCGAAAAUUCCCUGACUCUCCAGGAGGUGUGGCUUAUAAAAGAGAGGUAAUACCACCGGAUUGGGUCUUAGAUUAUUGGCACCCAUUGGAAAAGGCUCAGUAUCCAGAGUACUUCGCUCGGCGCGAACUUCGUAAACGGGAAUUCAUGGAACAAUGGGAAAAAAAGUAUGGGAAUAUUGAUCACAAAGAAAUUCAUUAAUUUGUAAAAAAAAGUAAAAAAUUGUA